AACCUCAGCAAGCCGUUCAGGCCCAGUGGUUCCUGGGAACAAUAAGCUUUCAUAGCAGCCUUUCUGACCCGUAAACCCUUGCCUGCUACCAGGGUGCAAAGGUGCUUGCUCUUGGCAUGGAGCUGAGCACUGUGACAGGAACAUGCAAGGCCAGAGUGUACCUGCCCUGAUGGGAAGACAAAAUGGAGAUGGCCUUGUUUUCCAGCUUCCAUCUGAGAACUUUGCCCCAUGAGGCUGAGGAGCCGGGCAGAUGUUUAGAUAACAAUCAGUCUUCAGUUUUGAAAAACAGCCCAUGGGGCUGUGCAGAGCAAGUAGAGAGCACUCCCUCUCAGCUGAGCAAGUCACAGCCGAUUGCCAACACGUGUUUACUCGACAGAGUCUCAUUCUGUUUAACCUGUAAUUUGCUAUGUGAACAAGACUGAUUUUUGAAUUCACGGAGACCCACUCGCCUCUGCCUCAAAAGUACUGGGAUUAAAGGAAAAGACUCUUCCAACUCCUGUCGGUGGAUAGAGGAACUGGGCUGGAAGCAUGUGGCAGGUCCUUAGAGGCUGGAGGAAAGGAGGUCAGAGCCUGCGUGGAGCCCUGGCAUGGGCUGUGCGGGGCCAGCCGUGCCCCCCUUUCAGCCGCACUGUUGCCAGUGUGGUCAAGGAUGAGUACACCUUUGUGGUGGUGGGCGCAGGCUCUGCUGGCUGUGUGCUGGCUAGUCGGCUCACCGAGGACCCGGAUCAUCGGGUGCUGCUGCUGGAGGCAGGGCCUAAGGACUUGUUGAUGGGGAGCAAGCGGCUUCAGUGGAAGAUCCACAUGCCGGCUGCCCUUGUGUCCAACCUGUGCGAUGACAAAUACAACUGGUACUAUCACACUGAGCCUCAGCCCGGCAUGGACGGCCGCGUGCUGUACUGGCCACGAGGCCGGGUCUGGGGCGGCUCCUCAUCCCUCAAUGCCAUGGUCUACAUCCGAGGACACGCCGAGGACUAUAACCGCUGGCACCGCGGAGGUGCUGAGGGUUGGGACUAUGCACACUGCCUGCCCUACUUCCGCAAGGCGCAGACACAUGAGCUGGGUGCCAAUAUGUACCGCGGUGGGGACGGCCCACUGCAUGUGUCUCGGGGCAAGACCAACCACCCACUUCACCAGGCCUUCCUGCAGGCAGCACGUCAGGCUGGAUACCCCAUCACUGAAGACAUGAAUGGCUUCCAACAGGAGGGCUUCGGCUGGAUGGACAUGACCGUCCACCAAGGGAAGCGCUGGAGCACAGCCUGUGCCUACUUGCACCCGGUGCUGAGCCGCCCCAACCUCAGGGCUGAGGUCCAGACACUUGUAAGCAGAGUGCUGUUUGAGGGCACCCGUGCAGUGGGUGUGGAGUACAUCAAGGACGGCCAGAGCCACAAGGCUUACGUCAGCAGGGAGGUGAUCCUGAGCGGGGGAGCCAUCAACUCUCCACAGCUGCUCAUGCUCUCUGGCGUCGGCAAUGCAGAUGACCUCAGGAAACUGGAUAUCCCUGUGGUGUGCCACCUGCCUGGAGUUGGGCAGAACCUGCAGGACCACCUGGAGGUCUACGUUCAGCAAGCGUGCACACAACCCAUCACCCUCCACUCUGCCCAGAAGCCUCUGCGGAAGGUCUGCAUCGGCCUGGAGUGGCUCUGGAGCUACACAGGGGACGGAGCCACAGCCCAUCUUGAGACCGGAGGGUUCAUCCGCAGCCGACCUGGGGUCACUCAUCCGGACAUCCAGUUCCACUUCCUGCCAUCGCAAGUGAUUGACCAUGGGCGGAAACCCACCCAGCAGGAAGCUUACCAGGUGCAUGUGGGAACCAUGAGGGCCACGAGUGUGGGCUGGCUGAAACUGAGAAGCGCCAACCCCCGGGACCACCCUGUGAUCUAUCCCAACUACUUGUCAACAGAAACCGAUGUCGAGGACUUCCGUCAGUGUGUGAGGCUGUCACGAGAAAUUUUUGCCCAAGAAGCCUUGGCUCCCUUUCGGGGAAAAGAGCUGCAGCCCGGAAGCCACGUCCAGUCAGACAAAGAGAUAGAUGCCUUUGUGCGGGCAAAGGCGGACAGUGCUUACCACCCCUCCUGCACCUGUAAGAUGGGCCAGUCCUCUGACCCCACUGCGGUGGUUGACGUGCAGACCAAGGUCAUUGGCGUAGAAAACCUCAGGGUCAUUGAUGCCUCCAUCAUGCCCAGCGUGGUCAGUGGCAACCUGAACGCUCCCACGGUAAUGAUUGCAGAGAAAGCAGCCGACAUUAUUAAGGGACACCCUGCACUCGAGGACAAGAAUGUUCCUGUCUACAAGCCCCAGACUCUGGACACCCAGCGUUAAGACAGACAGCCAUUGCCUAAGGACGACAGAGGAACUCAGGCCAAACCAAGAGAUCCAGCCAGUACAGCCCUGCCCUAGAUAUUUCUGAAACGGUAUAGAUACUUGGGACCCAGAUACCCUGACUCUUGGCUCAGACUUUCAUGGUUUCUGAGGAAAUGAGGUCAUGGUAGGCAGUGAGGCAAGUCCGUUUUCCCAGUGUCUCUCUGAUGCCCCUCCACAAAAAGCCUAGCAAGCAAGCUGGGGCCCUCUGCCUGGCCGCCUGCCGUUAGCAGGCGGGGUAGCUAACAUGGUUUUCUUGUCUCCAGUUCAGAGCUCUGCUUCCAGGAAGGACUAGGAUGAUCCUUUCCCUGGUCUCCCACCUGAGGCCAUUCCUGCAAAGUCAGGGUGGUUGAACUGGACCUGGCUCUCUAAGGAAGCUUUAGCUGAAGCCAAGAGGCAGGCAACAGCUCAGCCAGGCUGGUAACCUGAGCUCAUGUCCCCGAUUAGAGGGACAGGCAGCAGCUAGAGGAUGCCUCAUCCCCCUCUGCACUUCUCUCCUGCCCUGAUUUAAAUCUAAAGGGUGAGGCGCAGGGACGAGGGCUCAGGUGACUGCACAACUCAUGCCUACCUCUCUGGUUCUCAUCUUAUGAAACCGUCCAGGUGAGAGGCUUGCAGGACGUUGUUCAAGAAAAGGCCAUUUUGGCCUCACUGCCAAAGGUUUUAUUGUUUAACCCUUACCACACAAAAGUGCAGGAGUAUAGAGUCAGUCCCACAUGCCAGUCACUACCUCAUGCCAAGGACAUGAGCCCACAAGGUCCUUUCAUGGUGGCCCUGGAAGUGGCCCAGGCACCAGAGCUACUUCUGCUGACAGGGCUGGCCGUUUCUUAUUCUCUAGACGUGAGAACAGAGAGCAUGGCACCAAGGCUGAUGGAGAACAGCAAAGGACUUUGAGGUGAAAGAUAAACCAGCUAGAAUUUGAGUCUGGGGUCAGAGGAGCAGAUACCAGCAGCAUUUACAAGAGCUCUUUGAUCUGGAAAUUCCUCAUAAAUUUCGAUGUAACCGAUAACUUAAUUUUUGAGCCAAGAUGCCUCGUUCCGACUGUUCUUACGAGAGAAUGAGGGUCAGAUGCAUUGUAGGUUAGUUUUCCUGAAGAUGUCCAAAGCCAUCGUCUGUAGUAGGGAAGGAAGGGAUCGCUGUAUAGAAAUCACAUUGCUGAGUGAAGAAGAGAGGGGAAAUAGCAGGAUUCCAGGGUCCCCUAGGGUUCAAAAACAAAUUAUAAACCAUCACUUUUACUUUGCAAA